AACUGUCAAAUAAACGUCAAAAAAUCAAAACAAUGUGCUAAAAUACGGAAAUUUCAUUGAAAAAUUCAAUUAAAAAUGGAUCGACCUGCAAGUUCAAACACGGAUUCGCCAUUAAAGUCACUUUUGACGAGUCCGCCAGCAUUUACCUUGAAUAUUCCGAAGAGGCCUGCUGUAAAUGCUCCAAUUAUGACGCCUCAUAUGAACAUCAUUCCCAUGACUCCUGUUCCGAGUGGCCCGCAAGAAGCUAUUAACACGAUAAAAGUACAAAAUUGCGUCGCAACUGUUAAUUUAGGCACGGAACUCAACCUGCAAAAGAUUAAUUUUCAAACUCGCAACUCGGAAUACAAUCCAUUACGAUUUCAUGGAGUUGUGAUGAGAAUUCGUGAACCCCGAUGCACUGCGUUGGUCUUUCGUUCCGGAAAAUUAGUUUGCACAGGAGCUCGCAACGAAGAAAUGGCAAAUUUGGGCGCCCGAAAGUUCGCGCGGAUCAUACAAAAAUUGGGAUUUGCUGUAAAAUUUCUCGAUUUCAAAAUACAAAAUCUCGUGGCGACAGUUGACUUGAGAUUUCCCAUCAAAUUGGAGAAUUUGAACCAAAUGCACGGGCAAUUCAGUAGUUACGAGCCUGAAUUGUUUCCCGGAUUGAUUUAUCGCAUGGUGAAGCCGCGAGUAGUCUUGCUGAUAUUCGUCAAUGGCAAAAUUGUGUUCACGGGAGCAAAGUCUAAAGAUGAGAUUGAGGAGAGUUUGGAGAAUAUUUAUCCGAUUUUGCAGAGCUUUCGGAAAAAUUAAAGUAGAAUUAAGUUUCGGUUUAAGAUAUUUUUAUAAUAAAUUAUUUUUUUGUUGAAUUAAAUGAGGACUCUCUUGAG